AGAUCAGUGGUACAUAGGCGUACAGUUUAAAAUUUGUUUACAAAAUCACAUAAAAAAAUUUGUUUUUGUAAAUGUAAAGAACAAUAAAACAAAAAUUUAGUAAUUACUUAUACAUUGAAAUCGAAUUCAAGUGUAUUAUCGAUACAAAUAACAGAACCUGAAAUGUCUGGACCCGGCGUCGAAUCAAUGAUUGUAGAAGAAAAGCCUGCUGCUGAAAAACCAGUAGAUCGAGAGAAGACAUGUCCAUUACUUUUACGAGUAUUUGUAACCCAUAAUCGACAUAACAAUUUAAAUGAAUAUGCACGGGGUAAUGUUCCUGCAAAUGAAUUACAAAUUUAUACAUGGCAAGAUGCAACAUUACAUGAAUUAUCAUCUUUGGUACGUGAAGUCAAUCCUGAUACACGUAAAAAAGGAACAUAUUUUGAUUUUGCAUUAGUAUAUCCUGAUAUGCGAGCUCCUACAUAUCGUAUGCGUGAAAUUGGUACAACAUGUACCGGACAGAAAGGUGCUGAUGAUUCAAAAACAUUAAGUCAAUGUAGGUUUACAAUUGGUGAUUAUAUGGAUAUUGCUAUAACACCACCUUAUCGUCCAUGGAAUCCAUUAAUGCGAAGGACACAUCCCGCCCAUCAAAGACAACGUCAAUAUUAAUUUUCUUAAAUGUUUUUAAUUAUUUCUAUUAUGGUAACCGUUUGUAGUUUUAUGUAUCAUUAAUUUUUCAUUUUUAAUUAUAUUUGUAAAUGAA